AUGAGUAUUUACCAAACAAGUUUGGAACAUGAAUUCAAUAAUACAAGUACAGCUACCGCAGGAACAAUGAAAACUAGAAAGUCAAAAUUGGAGACUUUACAUACAUUAGUUAAAGAUAGACCAUUUAGAGGUAGUUGGUUGUUUGAAGAAAACAGCUGUUCCUAUGAUAGACACAAAUUUAAAAAAUUUGCAAAAAAUUAUUUGUGGGGUUCUAGAAAUAGGGAACUGGAUCAGCAGCAUGAUACACAACAACAAGACUUAGAAACUGGUAUUAUGAAUGAAAAUUUUUUUAAAAAAAACACCUCCCUUCCAAUUAAUGCAACAAAGGUAAUUGAAAAUCACAUAUAUUCAUCUUCACAGGAACAUCUUGAUGAUAUAGCCUCCGAUUUUGAAGUUAAUGUUCCUGCCUACGCAUAUAAGACAAAAGAGAGCAAGGAUAAAGAAAAAACAAUGCAAACCACUACUGCCGGGAAUAUAUUGGCAAAAAAAUUAGAGGAGAGCGAAUUAGAAAUAUGCCCACAAUUGGAGCCAUAUACUUCUGAUUCUAAUUAUAUUAGCCACGGAACUAAUGUUAACGACUCCGAGGAGUUUUUAAGAGCUAAAUUAAAAUAUAGUCCUAAAAUUGAAUUUAUACCUGGAACUGAAUAUCAGGAUUUUCAAAAUGAACAAAAAUUUUUAAGAACCAGAAGAGGGCUAGUUUUCAAAAAUUUACCUAAAAAUACAGGUAUUAUCAGCAUACUAAAUCAAAUCAGGGUUGGUCCUAUUGAAAAAAUUGUUAAAAUAAAUGAGGCUAACAAUACAAAUGAAAUAAAAUUAUUAGAGAUUCAUUUUAUGGAACAUAACGAUGCAGAAAAAUUUUACAAGUAUAUUCAAACUGGACAAUUUUUGGUGAACGGAAUAUGUUUAACAGCUACCUGGAUUCAACCAAAUAUAAACACUAUUUCAAACCAAGCUUUUGCAUUAAUUCAUGAUAAAGUAUAUCCUGAAAAUGAAAAAUGCUAUUCUCAACAUGGUGGAUCUACCUUUGGCACUGGUGCACGCCGUUGCUUAAUUUUAAAGAAACAUGCAAUUAGAAAACCUAAAAGUUUAGCCAACCACUACCCCUCACCAUUAUCUAAUUAUUCACCAUUGAAUGUCUCUGAAAUUUUCAACGAUUUCAGUAUCUUUGGCGAUAUCGUUGAUAUUACGCCAGUAGUUUCACGUAAAUUGUGUAUUUGUAUCAAUUUUUUUGAUGUAAGGAGCGCUAUACAAGCAAAAGCUUCUUAUGAGCAAGUAAGUUCAAAAUUAUACCGUAAGUAUUAUAGAGAAUGGACUAUGUGGUAUGGAAAAGAUAUUGCUGACAGGGCUUGCCUCCAAGUGUAA